ACUGUUGGAUUCUGUAAAAAAAAGUCGAAUAUAAAAAAAUAUAAAUAUAGCAACCCAGUUAUCUUUAUAUGACGUUAAAUACUGAUAAGGCUUCUUGAGGGUCUGCAGUUUGUUUAUUAUGGCAGUAGGGCAGUCUUCUCCGGCUCACUACUCAUUUGCCAAAUAUUAUUUGGAUUAAGAUCUAUCCUAUCUCUUUGAUGCGAUUCGCUCAGAAGUCAGCACCAAGUUUCUCAAUUAGACACACAAAUACCUGCAGCAAGUGAGAGUUCUCUUAACACUAGAUAGGCCAGAGUGACACCAUCACGCUUCGGAGACUUUUAAUAUAAUUAAAAUUACUAUUAAAAUGUCCUCCUCCUUUCACGACUUUCCAAAAUAUUUGAGCUUAAACUGUCUGGUUUUUUAAAAUUCGAAAACAUUGACUCAGCCAAGACAUACAGGCAGUUUGUGCCAUUUUCUUCAAAACCCCCGACAAUAGACAACAAGUGCUUUUACCCAGGUGCGAACGUGUCGCCGUCUAGUCCAGCACGCUGUUCAGCAACUGAAUAACCAGCAGUUUGAUACGAGUUUCCCAAUCAAGCGCUAUCAAAACUUAGUUCGCACAUAUAAUCACACAAAAUUCAUUCACUGCAAUCCUCUAAUAAAGCCUUAAGGGUGUGGAUAAACAAUUGUGGAUGCUGUAGUUAUAGCAAUGAUAGGCUUAGGACUCCACAGUGAUAAUGCCACCAACAUAUUUUCAGGUUUUUUCUGAAACUGAAACUUUAAAUAAACUGAAUAGAGCGGCUACAUGAGAACUGCGUAACCGAUUUGUGUGCGUGCGGUCCCAGCAAACUGCCAAAGCUGUGCUUUGUCUGUGGAAUUGAUAAGAGGAGAACGACGGUGCGCUAUUAAGUGAACUCAAAGGAGAAGGGAGGGAGGAAUGUGCUAAAUUCGUUACUUAAAAAAACGCAGUUUCUUUAACUACUUUCCAUUCCAUUUCCAUUUUCUGUUUUGUCAUGUACAUUUUAGGGCUUUUCUCUGUGUUUCUAGCCGAUACAACACAACCGCUAUAAUUUAUAAAUAAAAACAUUUACAUUUUUUGACUUUUUAUUUCAGACUCGUCUAAAAAGAGGUCCAUAGCAGGUUUAGCAACUCAAAUCGAUUGAGUUGUGUCCUUUAUUUCAAGAAAAUAGUUUUGCAAUAUAUGAUUCUAUAAUCUUUAUCAAAUUAGGUCGUUACAGGGUAUAUACAUUGAUGCUGUAAUGCUGGAUAUGUCUGACGCCAAUGCCAGCUCAUGUGCAUGGGUGCGCAAGUCACACCUGUUCAAUGUGAGAAAGCCAUUUUAAUGUUCGCAAUUUCCACGGUUUUGUUUUUGGCUUGGUUUGUCAGUUUUGUUAUGUGCUCCAUUAAUUCUUAUGUCAGCAAGCAUAUCAAACCCGGCAUAUGGCACUUUCAGGUGAGUACCUCCAAUUUGUGAAAGUUUACGUUCUGCUACUCUCAAGUUAAUUUUAACAUCAAGCAUGCUGGAAUUAAAUAUACAUUUUAUACAUGUGUAAGCUAAUUUAUUAAUUUCGUACAGACCUAUUAUACAGGGUCAGCCAAUCAUUUUGUAUAUAUUUAGAUUAAAUUAAUUUAUGGUUGAUUCAUUAGCUCAAAGUCAGGGUUGUGGGGCUGAUUACAUCACUGUGGUAAAAACUGCAAUGUAAUUCUGGUCAGAUUAUUGUACUCAUUCAAUUUUACUAGUGUUUUCACCCAUGUAAUUUUGUGUUUUAGGAUUAAGAAAUACAAUCGACAAUCUGCGUAACCUACUUGAUUAAAAAAUCAAAAAUAAAUAACGGAAACUAACCAUGUGCACUAAACCAUGUGCUGUUGCAGUGAAUAGGAAAUCCACUCAAUUCUGGCAGGUUUCUUUAAUAUAAAAAUAUGAAUAAUUAUAAAAGAACAAAUUAUUAAUUCUGACAGUUCAUGUUGAGAUUAUUCAUAAAGGUUUAUUCACAAAGAGCCUAAUUAUUUCCCAUAAUUUGUUUCAUACAAAUUAUGCUACAUACUUGACAAAUUAUUCGAUCUUGGCGGUAUCACAUGCCCUUUCCCCCCAGAGACUGUUGUGCUAGUCUAGUGACAUUAGAUACUUUAAUAUACUAUAUAAUUUAAAUACUUAUUUAUACCAUGCAGCAUGCUAUCACAAGACUGUUAGUGCAGUCUUGCUUUUUCCUUUGAGAAAUAUUACUAGGGUAAGAUCAUUUCUGCCUUUCCAAGAUUUUGAUAGAAUUAUUUGUUUCAUCAAAUUUUGGCUUUAGGCUAUUGCAAUGCCUUGUUUACAUCCCUCAGACUAUAGAACAGCAUUCCCCAAAUGUUAUGGCCGAAAAAACAAAAAAAAAACAAAAAAAAAACAUUUGGCUCAACCUUGUGACCAGCAACAUAUAAAGAGGACGCCACACCUGAGGAUUAGUUUCAAAGCAAAAAGACUUUAUUUACAAACAAUUGCCAUUAAUUAACCAAAAAUGAGCGUCUGGAGGCCUGGCCAAACAACAAAAAAAUGGGGAAGUCUGGGCCAACCACUCAAUGGGCCGUCGAACCCAGAACUCCCCCCCCAUGAACUAGCAAAAACAUUGCAUAACUAAACUAAGAAAUAAAGCCGCGAAAACUGACUUACCAGACCUCCAUCCGCAAAAGUAAAUAAACACAAAGUAAGGAGCAAAAGAAACAAAACACUAAGAUGGUCAGGAAGGCUGUUUCAUCUGGGAGAGAGGGAGCUCCUCCUCCUCCAGCCUCCCUUAUAUAAGGGACAGGGCUACCUGCUAAUCACCAGAUCAGGAGCACCUGAGAGAAAGAGAGGAGAGAGAAGAACACAAAAGGAGGAGGAGCGUUUUAAUAGAUGGUACUUUUCAGCCUAAUAAUAUAAGUCUGAAUAACAACAGUAGCCACAUGAAAUGCUGUUGACAUUCACAGUUUUAAUUAUGUAACAAGGGAAAAAAAGUGGAAUAUAAAAACAAAAAAAAUAUUGGCUAUAGCAACCCAGUUAUCUUUAUAUGACGCUAAAUACUGAUAAGGCUUCUUGAGGGUCUGCAGCCUGUUAUACAGCUUUAGUGAUGCUCCACACAUUUAGUAACUUAGUUAGUAGUUACACUGCUCUUUUCCCCACAGGAGAGAAUUGUAUCUACAGCACAGUGGGCCAAAUCCCAGUUACUCUGGGAGCUCCUCAACCAGGUCGUGGUGAGAGUUUAAUUGUUUUAUCCCGGACCACAGAGAAGAGUGGACAAUGCUCAAAUCCCAACAGAUGGGCUACAAUGUGGCUGGUGCUGCUGUGUGCUUUUUUAUUGGCUGCCACAUUAGUCCUGUGUGUCCUCUACCUGAAGGUCCCAAAGUGCUCAGGGAUGGAGAGAGAACUGGAGGAGCUCAGAGCCAAUCACAGCAGAGGGAUUCAAGUAGAAAGGGAGAAAAAUAACACAGCUUCAUUUGCAAUGUUAGAGAAAAAGUACAAAUAUCUGGAUCAAUACUGCCCCUCCGAUUCAAAAGGCAGAGUGUGCAAACCCUGUCCACAGGGCUGGGAACAGUUCUACUCCAAGUGUUACUACUUCUCUUCUGAAGUGAAGAAAUGGUACGAAGGUCACAGUCACUGCCAUCAACAGGGUGCUGACCUGGUGAUUAUAGAGAGUGAACAGGAGCAGGAGUUCAUCGCCAAAAGCACAAGAGAGCACCCGUACUGGAUUGGACUGAGUGACUCAGAAACGGAGGGUACCUGGCUCUGGGCAGACAAAACCUCGCUGCAAAAAGGAUACUGGAAGAGUGGAGAACCGGAUGACCAUUACCGGACAGAGAACAAAACCCAGGGAAAAAUAAAAGCAGACUGUGUAGUAACUGUACCUGAUGAGAACACAUGGGAAGAUACCCGCUGCUUUUCUGAGUAUAGGUUUAUCUGUGAGACUGACGCUCUUUUGUUCUAAACAGUCUGUCAUGAUGGAUGAUGUGAUUACCAUUAAUUUGUAUUUGGAAAGUAUGUGACCAUGGCAAAUAGUGAAGCUUGGCUCUGUUCAAUUUAAUUUCUUUAAUUGCUUGAUGGAGUAAUUUAGAGGACAAUCACUUUUUCACAUGGGAGAUAUGGGUGUUUGAUAACUUUUUAAUGAAAUAAAUUGUUUACUUAGUUUC